CCCCUCCUCACCUGCUCCCCGGCACACAACACCCUCAGCCCCUCCAACCGGUCAUACGUCUCGCCAUCCAGCCACACCUUCCACUGCUUCCACUCCCUGUUCUCCCGCUUGUACCUCUGCAUGACCUCAUGCACGCGCGAGACGUGCUCGGGGGUGAAGGCGCACCCGCGGUGGUGGGCCGCAUAGGAGGCGAGGAUGGCGACGAGGUGUUUGACGAAGUCUGCGUAGGUGCAUUUGGAGCCGGGCGGCGGGAACCGGAGCCGUUGGGUGGGGUCGAGGUUGAUGCCGUGGGAGCGUUUGCCGGAGUUGCGGCGUUUCAGUUCGUAGGUUCUGUCCCAUUUUUUGCGCGGUUUGUCGAGCGUGGGGACGCUGUGCGCGCUGGGUUGUUCCAUUGGGGUGAGUGUGGUGGGUGCCGCGGCCGUGGGAUCUUGCGGGAGCAUUGGGGUGGGAUCGUACGAUUGCGCGCCGAGGAUGGGCGCCUCCGGCAUGAACGCAGCGUUGCCCGCGGACAGGGUUGCGAAGGUGUUCGCCCAGUCGUAAAUAUUGAGGUUAGAGGCGCUUCGGACUUGCGCUGGGGUGGAGUCCGUCCGUGCGGGCAAUUGGAGUUGGAAGAGGCCCAGUUGCUGCUGGUGGGUGCGAGGAGUCCCCCACAAAGCACUACUAGCAUUCGCCCUCAACUGGCCCCUCUCCCCCGCCUGCGGGUCCGGCGUCGGCGUAUACGGAGUCGGGAACGCAAACCCCGUCGAACCCAUCCUCUGCGCGGUCGGAAACGCAUCCACCUGCCUCGUCGGCGUGCCCAUCGGUCUCAGCCCCCGGAACUGGUCACUGUUUGGCGCCGGCGGGGGCGUGGACGGCACGUCACAUCUCUGGAUGGCGAAUCGCGACACCCAGCCUUGCCGAUGGGUGGUCAGAUGUCCCGCGUAGUAGUACGCGACCGUCACAUCGCUUCCGUACAGCAAGAGAUCAUCGCCUUCGUCGACGAGCAGUUCACUUGCGUUCUUCCCUCUUCACCGACAAACACACGAAGCCAAACGUUGAGUUCAGGUAGACGGAAGUGGAUAUGUUCUGACGUUCAAGUCAGCGGCUGUGUUUUUCCUGCUUCUUUUGCGAAAGAUUGCGGUGUUCUUCCUCGAUAUGGCGGUAAAAGGAGAGUCUGUGCGGCUGUCUCUUUCGUGCGGGAAAACUCGCCCCUUAGAAGACUCGUCAAAAAAAAACCAAUAUGUGCGUGAACGAUUGAUUUGUAACCCAGUUUAUGGGAAUCAUGCUCUCGGCCUCCGCUAUUGCAACCCUCGCAGUAUCCCCCCCGCUCUCUUUUCUCCAUAACCCGUAUAUAUAUUCAAGCGUCUGGAGCCUCUCUCCUCCAAUGAUACCUUGCUCUCCGUUUAUAGGUGGCAUUGGGGGAUGUGGACUGACAGCAGGUGACAGCAUCGCGCGAUACCAGCCAUUCGGUUUGGCGGGGUUUGUGGUAGGGCAACGGAAGAGUUAAACCCAAACUCAACAGGAUGUACUGUAUAAUACACAGGGGG